AUGACGAGUAGACUGGCGCGUCUCUGGCAGCCCGGAAACCCGCAACGACGCGUUUUUCUGCCCGAUUUCUGGGUGGCCGUCGUCGAAUCGCCGAGCGUCGGCCGAAAUAAGUUGCCGCGGAACUGCGUCAAAUUCGAGGUGAUUUUGCGACGAUGCUAAAAAAUGGAAACAAUGAAUUUCAGGUGGAUCCGCGAAUGUCGCGACACGACAUCCGCGAAUAUCUGUCGAAAAUCUACGAAUUGCCGGUGAGAGACGUGCGGACGGAAGUGCAAAUGGGCGAUAUUAUGUGGAACUCGAAGCACGAUUAUCAGUACAGAAAGGCGAUGUGGAAGGACGAGGACAAGAAGUUCGCCUACGUAUUUAUGUCCAAAGGUACCAAAGGAUCCGCGGACAAAUUAUUGCUUUCUGUUCAAUUCAAAUAACCGUAAAAUAUUGCAGAUUUCGAUUUCACGUACCCGAAAAUGUUCCAACAACUGGAAGAGGACCUCGAAUUGGUGAAGGCGAUGAAGCAGCAGGACGAGCUGAAGGACAAGCUCAACGAGAAAUACGCGAACCGAAACCGCCGUGUCGGACAGUUUUUGGCCGCCUAAACGCUCUCUUUUUGCUCAUUUCUACGCCCAUUUCCCCUCUGUUUUUCUCUUAAGUUUUGUUGUACAUUUUUUUGCGAUUUUUCCUUGAUUUUUUUUUAGAAAAUUAGCGCUUGUUUUUAGAUGAACAAUAACAAAUUACGUUGUCUGGAAUGUUUCCUCGAUUGUUCUGUCGUUUUUGAACGGUACAAACUAUUUUCUUGGAUUUUUUUGCAGGGCUGGACAAAUUUCGGCCCGGGCUUUUUGAGGCCUGGACUUUUGGCCCACUUGCAAUAUUCCGAACGUGCCCAAGCUUUGCAGGCUUGUUAGAAUUGGAUUAAAGUGUAUUCGGUCCAAGUUUCAGCCCGAUCGGAUUAUCCGAUCCGGAGAUAUACUGGUUUGAGACCUCAAUCCAAUUCUAACAAGCCUGCAAUGUUUGGGCCCGAUCAAUUCAUUGCAAGUGGGCCAAACGUCCAGGCCGCGAAAAAAAACCUAUUUUUCGACCUUUGUCCCCCUCGCUAACGGAUGAUAAUGACGUCACUGUUCGAGGUACUUUGUACCUUGCCCUCCUCCGUCUUGUCUGUAGCCUCCGUGUUCACGUUCUUGUAGUCUUCUCCAUCUCUCUCUCCGUCUCGUUAUCUUUGGAAUAUUCGAAGGAAAACGUUUACGCCACUUUUAUCAACGAAAUUCCCGAAUAAUAUUUUCACUCGAAAGCCGGCCAAUUUACUGCCUAACUUUUCUUUCAGCAUUAAAAGUGUCGAAGGUGAAUUUUUUUCUUUGAAACACUGCGGCUCGGCUGAAAAAACUUGACCAAAUGACACCGGACUCGGACCCAAAAGUCCUUAUACCUCCAAGAUAUUGAGAACAUUUCAUGGUGUUGUUAGCUUCAAAAUGAAGGGUACUUUCAUGGGUCAGUGUGAUGCCUCUCCCAUUUAGUACUGGGAACGAUUGAUGAUUUCUAUGAUUUCCAACAUCUUUUUUUCAUGCUUUUCAUCACUGUUCCUCACAAAUUCAGCUACACACACACUGCCGAAUUCGCGACUUUUUAGGACUUGACAUAACAUUAUACAAAAUUGACCCCUGAGGUUUUUUGACAUUCUGAAUCGAACUGCAUUGGCCGAUUUUCAUUAAAAUUCCCCGUUCAGCACCAUGGUAUACACAACAGUUUCUCAUUAAUUAUUACACAGCUUCUUGAAACUGCAAUUAUUUUUUAAAUUGUUAAAGUGUCGAGCAAUUGCAAAUUUUCACUCUUUCAAAUAUUGUUUUUCGCCACACCUCGAGCAUUAGCGGAACGUUUUAUGUUCGAGGAUAUACUUUUUAAAAAAUUCUCUGAAAAUGUGGAUUAUCAUGAUUAUUAUAGCUUAUAGACCUGAACAUUUUAGAAAUUUGUGAUGAUUAUUGAUCUUUUCUUCAUUUUUGGCGCCAAGAUUGAAAUUGAAUUUUUCUAACUUAUCUGCCAGCAUUUAAAAAUAAAAAUAGAAAUCAAAAACUGGGCCAGCCCGCCCAUCUUUUCUCUCUUUUACUUCUCCGCCACUCUCUCUCAAUUUUCCGCACUCUCUCGCGCUGAUCAGUGUACGAAAACAAUCAACUGGCGGUGUUCUUCUUUCCUUCUUCUUCUCUGUAUCAGUCGUUACUUUUUACACACAAUAUUAUAUUAGUUGUGUUUGAUUUUCCGGUUUUUCCUUUGGAAGAAAAUGUGCAAUUUUUCAAAUUUACGCGUGUAGCCUUUUACACGUGGAAUUCAUUGAGAAUUUGCCGCACAAAAACUCGCAAAUUCUUUAUUUUCCGUGUUGCAGGGUCAUCCCCAAACCGAAAACAGUUGUCCUCCACAAAAAGAGCGACAAAAAAGAAGCGGUUGGUUUUUUUUGUUUGGGAAUUUUCUAGCAUUCAUCGAAAUUUGCAGGAAAUGUUGUCGCGUCUCGUGCACAAUUCGUCAUUGACACUCCGAACGAACGUCUCGUUCCGUCUCUUCUCGCACUCGAAACCAGCCAUGACCAGUGAGUUGAAAAACGGGAAAAAAAUAGGAAAAAUCAGCUCGAAUUGUGAAAAAAUAUUCGACAAUUUAACCAUUUUCCUCGUGGGAAAAAAGCGAAUUACUCGUGUUGCAGGCACUCUGCGCGUGGAGAAGCAGGGAGAGGUGGCGGUGGUCAAGAUUGACCUGCCGAACACAAAGGAGAAUGUGCUCAACAAGGCUCUGUCGGCCGACAUGAGGGCCACUUUUGAUAAGGUUCGUUUAGGCGGAAAAUGGACCCGAGUAUUGGCAAAAUGCUUCUGCUUUUUGAUCGAAUCGAUGUUGUAUUUUAGCUGCAAGCCGACGAAAGUGUCAAAUCGAUUGUGGUGAUGUCGGGCAAGCCGAACAGUUUCGUGGCGGGCGCCGACAUUCAGAUGCUCAAGGCGGAGAAGUCGGCGGCCGGAAUCGAGGCGCUCUCGCGCGACGGACAGGAGCAGUUCUUCCGGAUCGAGAAGAGCCAGAAGCCGGUGGUGGCGGCGAUUAUGGGCAGUUGCAUGGGCGGCGGACUCGAGCUGGCACUCGCAUGCCACUACCGAAUUGCGGUGAACGACAAGAAGACGCAGUUGGCACUGCCCGAGGUGAUGCUCGGAUUGCUGCCCGGAGCAGGCGGCACGCAGAGACUCACCAAACUCGCCUCCGUUCAGAAUGUGCUCGAUUUGACGUUGACUGGUGAGAACAAGAACUCGAAAGGGGCUCGCGAGGUUUAUCGUUUGAAAAUAGAGAAUUGAAAGCUUUUAAGCUCUCAUCUGGCCUCAUUUUGCACUAAUUUUGGUAGUUUCUAACCCGGGAAACGUUUUGAACACGAAAGUGAUGGUAGUUGGAACCUUCAAGUGUUGCAGGCAAGAAGAUCAAGGCGGACAAGGCGAAAAAGAUUGGGAUCGUAGACCAGGUGAUCCAACCGCUCGGCGACGGACUCGCCCCUUCGGCAGAGAGCACGCACAAGUACCUGGAGGAGGUGGCGGUGAAUGCGGCACGCGAGUUGACGAGCGGCAAACUGAAGAUCAACCGAAACAAGAAGGGCAUCGUGGAGAAGGUGACGCAGGCGGUCAUGACCAACUCGCUGUUCCUCGACAACGUCGUCCUGAAGAUGGCGCGACAGAAGCUGAUGAAACUGACGGCCGGCAACUAUCCGGCGCCACUUCGCAUUCUCGACGUCGUCCGCACCGCCUAUGUCGACCCGAAGAAGGGAUAUGAGGCAGAGGCGAAGGUAGCCGACAGAUUUUUUGCUUUUUUUCUAAUAUCUCUUCUCGUUUUUAGGCGUUCGGAGAGCUCUCGCAGACGUUCCAAUCGAAGGCGCUCAUUGGACUUUUCGACGGAUCGACAGACGCGAAAAAGAACAAGUAUGGUCAGGGGCGGCCGGUCAAUGAGAUCGCAGUCGUCGGCGCCGGACUGAUGGGAGCCGGAAUCGCGAACGUGACGAUCGACAAGGGCGUGCGGACGGUGCUGUUGGAUGCGAACGCGGCCGGACUCGAGAGGGGACAGAAUCAGAUUGCGACGCAUUUGAACGGACAGGUGAAGAGGCGCAAGAUCAACAAGUUGGAGAAGGAGAGGUACAAUUUUCACUUUUCUUAAAAUUGCCCUUUGUCGGCCCAUUUUCCCUCCAGAAAUCUAUUACCUCUCGAAUACUGUCCAUUUGCCCAGAAUCUACAACCACCUCGUGCCGACUGUGAACUACGCGGCGAUGAAGAACGCGGACGUUGUGAUCGAGGCGGUUUUCGAGGACCUGCCACUGAAGCACAAGGUGAUCAAGCAGAUCGAAUCGGUCGUCGGACCGAACACGAUUAUCGCCUCGAACACGUCCGCCCUGCCGAUCAAGGACAUUGCCGCCGCAUCGGCUAGACCCGAUAAGGUACGGUUUUUUUUGGUUAAUUUCUUUAUUUUUGUAAACUUUCCUGAACUCUGCUCGUUCAGGUGAUCGGAAUGCACUAUUUCUCGCCGGUGGAGAAGAUGCAGCUGCUGGAGAUCAUCACGCACGACGGAACUUCGAAAGAAACGCUGGCGACGGCGGCGCAACUCGGUCUGAAGCAGGGCAAACUGGUGGUCGUCGUCAAGGACUGCCCCGGCUUUUUCGUCGUCCGUUGCCUCGGUCCGAUGAUGUCGGAAGUGGUGCGACUGCUGCAGGAGGGCGUCGAUCCGGCCGAGCUGGACAAACUGACGACGAAGUUUGGGUUCCCGGUCGGAGCGGCGACGUUGGCCGACGAAGUGGGACUCGACGUGGCUGAACACGUGGCACAGUUCCUCGGAAAGGCGUUGGGACCGCGGGUGCGCGGAGGAUCGGCCGAUCUGCUGUCGGAACUGGUGAAUGCGGGACACAAGGGACGCAAGACGGGCAAGGGCAUCUUUGUGUACGGCGACGGAAAGAAGGGCUCGAAGAAGGUGAACGAGGAGGCGACGAAGCUGCUGCAGAAGUACAAACUCGCCCCGAUUGCCGCUGUGUACGUUUUGACGGUUUUCAUUAGAAAAUGCAAAUCUUUGAGGGUUUUUCCUGCAAAAUUUGCAUAUAACCAAUGUUUUUGAAUGUUCUUGUUCCCUGCCGCCCAAUGCCCGAUUUGCAGCUCUUCGCCGGAAGACCGUCAGCUGCGUCUCGUGUCUCGCUUCGUCAACGAGGCGCUGUUGUGCCUCGAAGAAGGAGUGCUCGCAUCGCCGUCGGACGGAGAUAUCGCCUCGGUGUUCGGCAUUGGAUUCCCGCCCUUCUGGGGAGGUCCGUUCCGAUUCGUCGACCUGUACGGCGCCGAAAAGCUGGUGACGUCGAUGGAGAAGUACGCGGGCGCCUACGAAGCGGCGCAGUUCACGCCGUGCCAGCUGCUCAAGGACCACGCGAAGGGCGGAAAGAAGUUCUACAACUGA